AUGAUGUUUCCAACAUUACGCCAUCAUUCUUUUUUAGGCUCUCCUACUCCUUCGUCGGUCACUGUCGAUAAUCUUCCAAGCCUUCCUGAUCCAGUACAGCUUGUUGGAGUUGCAGAUCCUUUCGGAUUAGGCGAAUUACCAGAGAUUAACAACGAACUAUACGCGCAGCUGCUUGAUCUUGGAUUUGACGACUUCACUGCACGUCUUGCUCUGAUUCGCACUGCGAAUACAGGUGUUGAAGAGGUACGCAUUCGUUGUUGGAUGGUUAUUUUUCUUUCUUUUUCCACACAAAAAAGUCCACGU